GUAGAAAUCACUUCCUAUAUGGCGGAAUACUACGGUCGUGAAUGAAAACAACAUGACGAACAUAGAGGAAGCCCCAAAUUUAGAAGAGUCUUCGUCUAUAAAAGAGGAUGCAAAAUGCAAAGAUAUAGCAAUUCUGCCAGAGGGGGAAGACGACCGAAAAACAUUUAUAGGCCACUUAUAUUCAAUUGAAAGUAGAGUUGAGAACCUUCGGGAACGUGCACUUGAUAUAGAACAAGAAAAAUGUCUUUUGCUACAGGAGUUACAGCGAAUGCAGGAUAACGACAAACAUAUUGAAUUCUCAGAAGGUGAGCGAGAUGAAAUUGAAGCCCUGGCUGAGCGACUGGUCUGUCGAUGUCUAACCAUUGAGAUUUCUGUGACUACACCCAGAAAUGAGUCCCAGGAGAAUGCGCUGAAGUGUGUCAAUGAGUUGUUGCAGCAGCUUGAAGGGUUAUGUGAAUGUUCUGUAGAGAAAGCGAUCGGAAAAACUAAAGCUUAUUUGAAUGCUUGUCUCGCAGAACCCACUGGCUGUAUUGACCAGCGGUUUCAGGGUUCCAUCUUAGGCUGUACAAUUGAUGAUCAAAAGAAAAUCAAAUGUAGACUUCAAAGAUUACUAGAAGACUUACGUAAAAAUUGUCAAGUGGUGUCACGAUAGCAUUACGGCUACAUUGUCAUUCAUUGUUAAAUGUCCAGAUAUCAUCUUAAAAGUAAGUACAGUAAAACCUCUUUAUACCGUCACCAUUUUCUGGAGUGAAAGUUUGGCAUUGUAAAGGAGUUUGGUAAUGAAGUGAAAGAAAGAUAGAAAAUAAUCAGACUUUAGAUACAUUUGCAGUAAGUGAGUUUCAGCCAAGUGAAAUGGGGGUGGGGGUUAUAUUGAGGUUUUACUCUAUACUGUCUUAGUAAGCAAUUUAAUUGACUAAAUAUAUAAUGUUAUGAAAAAGUGUCUUUUGUUAUGUACAUGCACUUAUUGAUAUUUUGACUUGAU